CUUGUAAGAGUUUCUUAAAGAAUCCUUUUACGUGGAGAACGGUGUCUUUACAUGAUCGCCGACAUUGCUUUUUGGUAGCAACUGGUGAAGAUGAUAUUUAGUAAAUAAUUGGUUUGUCUGAAAAUUUGUCGUCAUAGUUUAAAGUGCUCAAGACCAGGAAAAUGUUGUCUCAAUUUACGUAAUAAAAUUUUCAAAUAGUAGUGAUAGUACAAUAUGUCUUGGACGCCUAAUCCGAACGCUAAACCCUUUCAUCCGACAAAUGCUUACUAUACUUUUAAAAUACCGUGUUUUUCACGAGCUUGGAAGAUUCGCAAGAAGGGAAUGAAAGGGAAAUGUGUUCAAUGGCUGCUCGUUGUCAUUUUGUUUAUUACUGUGUUUGUGAAUGUUCUUUUUAUUAUGGACACAAUCUCAAAGUACAGAAAAGAUAAAGUCUCGAAUCAUUAUACAAAUGAUGAGCCAUUUGAAGAGAAAAGGAGAGUUAUCAUUGAUUCUAAAGACCAUGGUAAUACAAUUGAUGUUGAAGUUCACUCCAGUAAAGAUAGUGUAUAUGUAUCAGUUGAGGGAACUAAGGUAAUGGAGGAGACUACUACAAAUGAUGCAGCUAGAGGUAUCCAUGUCACUGUUCUUCAUCAAUCAACUGGAGCAAUAAUGGCAACAAGGACAUUUGAUACAUAUAUGUCUAAAGACGAGAGUGCUAGCUUGGUUCUUUUUUUAAAUAUGGUUUCUGAUGGACGAAUUUUGUGCUUUGCAAUUAAGGAUGAAGCUACAUUUAACUUGAAGAAAACUGCUCGAAAUUUGCUCAAAAGUCUUGGUAGUGUUUAUGCUGAUGAACUAAAAUGGCGGGAUAGCUGGUCAUUUAUCGUCACAAAACGUGGCCAGAAAUACUCAGAGAAACAUCAUCACGCAGCAGACAUAUCGAACUGGGGUGAGCCUGUCACUGCUCGUGCUACAGUUCCUCUUGUUCCUGCUAAACAAUCUCAAUGUGCUUGGGAUGACAGUGAAGAAUCAAAGCGAAGAAGAAUGUUUUGUGAUAAGUUUGAAGGCUAUGGAAGUGUAUGCAGUUGUAAUAAUCCUGCUCCAAUUGAAAUUAAAACAACACCGUUGAAGUUAGAAAAAGUUCAAGACAUUCCUGUUGCUGUGAUCGCUAGUAACAGGCCACAUUAUCUUUAUCGUGGCUUACGUUCAAUGUUGUCAGCUCAUGGAGCAAAGAAGGAGUUAUUUACUGUAUUUAUUGAUGGUUUCUUUGAAGAACCAGCUGCUGUGGCAAGGCUGUAUGAUGUAAAAGUCGUGCAGCAUAUUCCUAUUAGCAGUAAGAACGCUAGAAUAUCACAGCAUUACAAGCGAACACUGACAGAGACGUUUAAUGCUUAUCCCAAUGCUCGGUAUAUGAUUAUUUUGGAAGAAGAUUUAGACGUAUCUGUGGACAUAUUCAGUUAUUUUAAUCAAUUGUUGCCUUUAAUGGAUACAGAUGAAAGUCUGUACUGUAUAUCGGCGUGGAAUGAUCAGGGCUAUGAUCACACGUGUAAUGAUCCUGCAAUGUUAUAUCGUAUAGAAACAAUGCCUGGUUUAGGAUGGUUGCUCAAACGACGACUUUAUAAAGAAGAACUUGAGCCAAAAUGGCCAACCCCAGAUCUCUUUUGGGAUUGGGAUAUGUGGAUGAGGAUGGAUAGCAACAAAAAGGGACGUGAAUGUAUCAUUCCGGAUAUCUCAAGAACUUACCAUUUUGGCGCCAAAGGCCUGAAUAUGAAUGUAUUUUUUCAAGAAUCCUAUUUCAAAAAACAUACGUUGAAUACUGAACCUAACGUUAAGUUUAAUGUUGGAUUGUUGAAAAAAGAAAAUUAUGAGAAGGAGAUUGAACGGCUUGUAGGGUUGGCAGAGCCGUUGGAUCACAGUAAAAAUCCUUGCAAGAACGAGAAAGACUUUGUUCCAGAAACAUCUGAUAAAACAUAUAUAUUUUAUAUUGAAAUGAAACAUGCUAACGACUGGACAACAUGGAAUAAUAUAGCGAGAUGUUUACGAAUCUGGGACUUAGAUGCUCGAGGAUUUCAUAAAAGCAUGUGGAGAUUAUGGUUAAAGGGUAAUCACGUGUUAAUUGUUGGAUCACCGGCUUCACCUUACGCCAAACAUAAACCAAUUAACGUAAAACCUAUUUUCAUUCCUAAAAAAUCGGAGACUGCGUGAUCUUCUUUGAUUAGAUAUCAUUUAUGAUGCGGGAGUUAAGCUAAAUGAAUGUGGGGAAAUCUUGAAGUUUUAAAAACUUUAAUGUAAAUGUCAUUGGAUAAAUUUUCAUCAUGGUUUGAUCAAGGAAAUGAACUCGCUGAACAAGGAAUAUAAGAGGAAAAACAUAACUUUCAAUUUGUUCAGUUUUACUGUUAAUAAUGUAAUUUUAAGGAUUACAACCACGGAAAAGAAACAAUCGCGCUUUUCCCACAAAACAUUUACCGCAUUUGAAAGUCCUGCUAUCGUUACAUCGCUAAAGAUAAUUAUUUGAAAACGAACUAACCUCUCAUUCUUUCCCUUUGUCCCAUCCUAUUAGGAUUGCUAAAAUGAAUCACUUGCUACCAUUUAGUUCUGUCAAUAAAAUUCUCUCGUUAAAUUAUUA